CACCACCAACUGACAGGAAAUACUGCACGCAUAAAAAUAGAUAAUAAACGUACUUUUGGCCUGAUCGGUUGGAAACAAACGCUGUGCCUUUUCUAGAAACCUCUUAGCUUUGUCUGUCUGGUUAUUACUGAGCGCACUUAUAGAAAUAUUAAUACACCGUUCAGCUUCGUCCUUGUUUGAUUCCAUCGCGACAGCGGAACUAGUCUGUUUACUCGCCAGUUGGUCGCCCUAUGAUGGCGUCACCGCGAAGGUAAAAUAAAGUUGGAACUUAAAUAACACGUCAUUGAAUUUCAAUCUACAUGGACAUGUGUACAUUCAGGGUCAGUGACAAAUUCAUUUUAACAUAGUAGGCUUCAAAUUGCGAUAUACCCAUUCUGUAUGUGUUUGGUGGUCUAAGCUAUUUGUCAAAUUGUAAAUACAGAAAUACAUGUAUUGUAACAAGUGGCUAAACCAUAUAUAUAUUUUUUAAAGCUAGCUUCAUUCAAGCUAACUGAUCAACGGAGGCGUCCAAGGAUCAAUAAUCCCAAUGUAUGUACAACAGCCAUUAAAACGUGUGUGUUCCUGUGUAUAGUUUAAUCAAAAAAUCCCCUAUUUGCCAUGCUUUUAAUACUAGCGGGUUUAAGGCCAGCAUUACUAAAACAUAAGCUAGUAAAUGUUCUGGUGGAGGCAUGUCUAUGCUCGGGAGCCAAUGAUACCACCACCAACCCAGGGAAACCACCAAAAUUAUCAAAGAAGAAAUGGAGAAUGAAGUUCAGGAACAAGCCUGCAUCAAAUGAACACCUGCCCUGGGAGGAGAGACUGGCCGACGCUGUCACUCCUCUGUGGCGCCUGAGUUACUACGAUCAACUCCAGCUGAAACAGAAGCACCAGGAGAGGAUCCUACUACAGCUCUCAGAUCAGCUCUUAUGUGGAGAGUCGACCCAACAUAAGGCCUUGACUCAAUGUCCUUCUCCACCCAGGAGUACCAAACUCAGCUUCCCUCUGCUGCCUAUCUUACCGUCACCUGUCAGGGACGGCUACCGCAACAAGUCUACAUUCUCAGUCAACCGUGGCAUGGAUGGCAACCCUAAGACGGUGGGGUUCUACGUGGGAACGGGAAAGGUGGGAAACAUUGUGUGUGUGAACGGGGACCACCUCCUCAACAUGCCCGAGAGACAUAAGCUGGUGGCCAGGUGCUACCAGGACUUUCUCCGCCUUUCAGCCCUGGAGCCCUGUCUGCUGUUCCACGACGGAGGCCACUGGAGGGAGGUGACAGUGAGGACCAACGCAGCAGGACACACCAUGGUCAUCGUCUAUUUCCACCCGCAGAGGCUCACCCCGGAGGAGAUAGAGGUCCAUAAGUCCUCCCUGGUGGAGUACUUCACCCAGGGGCCUGGUGCCAUCUGCCAACUAGACUCCCUGUACUUCCAGGAGAGCUCCAUGACCCGUUGCAGCCACGAGGAAUCCCCCUACCAGCUGCUGCAUGGCCAGCCACACAUACACGAGGAGAUUUUGGGGUUCAAGUUCCGCAUCUCGGCAGACGCCUUCUUCCAGGUGAACCAAGGGGCGGCAGAUUCGCUGUACCGCACAGUGAGAGAGAUGGGCCUCCCGAAUGGAGCUCGAGAGGGAGGAGGAGGGGGCACACUCUUGGAUGUGUGCUGUGGAACGGGGGCCAUCGGUAUCACCAUGUCCCCCAGAGCGGACCGGGUCAUCGGGAUAGAACUUAUCCAGCAGGCCGUGGAAGACGCCAGGCACAACGCAGCCCUCAACCAGAUCCAGAAUUGUGAGUUCCUCCCUGGGAAAGCCGAGGUUGUCCUUCCUGGGCUCAUGGAGGUCCUGGGCUCCACCACCGACUCUGGAGGCCCCCUCACGGCUGUGGUGAACCCAGCCCGCGCUGGCCUGCAUUAUCGUGUCAUCCGGACUCUAAGGAAUCACUCAUCCAUCCGCAGGCUGCUCUAUAUCUCCUGCAAACCCGAAGGAGAGGCCAUGAGGAACUUCAGGGAGCUGUGUUGCAGUCCCGACCCACAUAGGAAGCUGACAGGCGAGGCUUUCAGGCCGACUGUGGCUGUGCCUGUGGAUAUGUUCCCUCACACGGCACACUGCGAACUGCUGCUGGUCUUUGAAAGAUAGUUAAUUACCACCACUACAACUUCCGUAUCAAGUUUUUCUAAUUCUUACACUUAGUGAAUGGUGUCCUCUGGAUUGUGUGAUGACUACAGAGAUAAAACAGUCAAAUCAGUGGAAACUCAAUUCCAAAAUCCUCUCGAAAAGGAAAGUGAUUAUUACAUUUUUUUAAAUGCUGAGAGCUUUUCAAUAUCAUGUAGAAUGUUGAAUGAAAGUUGUGUUAUUCAGAGACAGAUGCAAGUCUAAUGGGGUGGUUGUGUCCCUAAAAACCUGCAGCAGCAGUGAAGCAAAACAUUUCCUGCCUUUUGUGAAUGGAUCAAAAGUAGGAAAUGAGUGGAGAGCAGGGGAAGUGUGUUUGGGGUUGCUCUUCCUGUAUUCUGUGUUUGAAUGAGGCAUAUGUACAUGCUGUAUUUCCUGUUACUUCAUGUUACAUGCCUGAACUGAGUAGGCAUAAAGUCUAUAUAUCUACACUAGGUGGUGCUAUGGAGUCCAAUGGUCCAACUAUUAACUAAUACUGUGUUGCCUUCAGGUAUGGUACACAUCUUCCAUUAUUGCUGACAUACAAGACAGAAGGUACCCAUAAACUUGAUCAACUAGGGUGGAAUCUACAGUAUUUGAUCAGUUCUCCUUUCUAAAACCCAUAGUUAACAUAUAACAAACUUAGAACAAAAUACAUCAUGGACAUAUUUGACAAGUUUGGGAUCAAUGCAGGAAGUAAGCAAUUUUCAGUCCUGCUUUAAACCAAAUACAACAAAGUUUAGCAUACAUAAAGGCUUCAUAAGCACUACAUAAAUGCUUCACAAAUCACAAGUGUAUCGCAUAUUCUAUCAAUGGUGUAUAAACCCUGCGUUGUGUCACAUUUUGCAAUUCACUCUACAGUGGGAAUGACAAUGUCACCUUUUAUAUAUCAUUUAUGACAUAUGCAUAUAGAUAGCAGCUGUUUAUUGGUCAGUUCUGAGGACUCCUGGGAGGUGUAGGUCUAUGACCAAGGUGGAAUUAAAAUAAAAUCACAUGUAUUUAAGAUGCUUUAAAAGUUCAAUAUAUAUUCACAACUUAACAAAUUGGUUUGAAGUACUGAAAGGACAAAACAAGACACUUGAGGCAAGAAGCAUUUCAAUAUAGCUUUUUCUCAUUUUUUUAUGACUUACAAUCAGCUCUGUCCUGGACAUAGCUUAGAUGAAAAGGCCUAUGAAAAUGUUGGCCUCAAGAUUUAUUUUCAAAGGCACAAGUAGGUAUGUCAGUAUUCAAGUAAAUAGGAGCACUAGCAAAACUGGAAAGAAGUGGAAUAAUAGAAGUAUGGAGAACAACAGUACUGUUCUUGCUGACAGAAGCACACUAAUCACCCUAUAUGUAGCCCAUUGUGAGGAAUGAUAAUUGUUCCACGGACAAGCUAUUGUGAAAGAACAACUACGUUUUUACAACAAAAGAAAAAAUGGUUGCUCUAGUACAUUUUUGUGGUUUAGAAGCAAAUUUCCUACAAUUCUACGCAGGAUUUUGUAACAUGACUCAUGGCAUAUUUUGGGUAGGCUAUUUCAUGAUGAUAAUAAUAUUGUAAUUAACAUGAACAAUCAAGUAUAUUAGUUAAACAUAUUCUUCAGAAAGAGAUGCGCUCAAUAGAUGCUGACAGAGUCACACAUUAGAUUACUUCCCAAGAAAAGGCGAUUUAUGCUUUGCUUUGAAUCCUCGAACCAAAUAUAUCCCCAUAUGCAUCCAUCAGAAUCACACCUUUCUCAUGAAAGUUGCUGCUUGUUUAUAGCCUAAAGCAUUACAGAGUUAAGCAAUGUUUUUAUAACGCUUAUAAAAGGGAUAUCUUUUUCCCCCUUCAAAAUCUUAAGCUUAAAAGGUAUGCUUUUUGCCAUUUUCAUUAACAAGGUGUAUGGCAUACCCCCAUAUACCCCUUCAAUUUGAGCCCUGGUUGAAGGUACUGGUUCACUGUACUUCACUGCCACUGUAGUUCACUGACUUAUUGCACGUAAUGUGCAAAUAAUGUUUCAAAUACAGAGUAGGAGAAACCGCCUGUUUCAGCUAGAGAGGUUAUGUUGUUCAUGUGUCGUAAUGUGUUGCAACAAGUGCUCCUUGGCAUGCCUGACAACAGGUGUGUUUUUUUUCUCCCCAGAAGUGGUCAGAGGGAUGAUGUCAUGCCAGACCUAGACCACCAGAGCUGCUGAUCAGUACAUAUCUCCCUAAGCCAGGAGAUACAGUGCCUUGCGAAAGUAUUCGGCCCCCUUGAACUUUGCGACCUUUUGCCACAUUUCAGGCUUCAAACAUAAAGAUAUAAAACUGUUUUUUUUGUGAGGAAUCAACAACAAG